AUGAUUCGUGUUACUUACAUGGAUAUGCCUUUAUUAAAACCGGGACCUAUUAUCAAAGGAGAAGGCGAUGUUAACAUUAUUAAAGUAUAUGAUUUCAAUCUAUCAUUUACUCCUCGUCGUACAAAUAUGAUAUUUUGGUUUGAAGUCAUUAAUGAUACAUUCGAUUAUAAUAUUUCGCAUCCACAAGGUACACAUCUCUUCCCUCCACACUUUGGAGAAAAAGGUAUGGUCAAUUUUUGGAAUAAUUUUACUUCAAGAUUUACUUUAUAUAGGGAUAUGUAUGUCAAUAACAACGGCGCAUUCAUGAAUGAAACAAAUGUUAUCGAACCACAAUACAGAACUGGCCCAGAUUGGCUAUAUCAAUUCAAAGAAGGCAAAUUAGCCACAGAGUGUGAUACUGCUAUUUGUUUCGGCCAUUAUUAUUGCAAACUAUCUUUUGGACACUUUACACAUGACUAUUUGUUCCCUUUAAUGAUGGUUCCUGAUGAAGUUUUGAAAGAUGCUAAAAUUAUUGUACCAAUACAUGUUGGGUACAUUCAUCAGUACCUUCAAUUACUAGGAUAUUACGAUAAAAUGCUAGAACUAGGCGAAGAAGACUGGAUAUUCUGUAAAAAACUCCUAGUUUCAACAAAUCCUCGUCCACACAACGUUCAUUUCGGAAUGGGAGUUCAGAAAUUGAAUAUCAAGUUUAGAGAAAUACUAGGAAUCGAUAAAAUCGUUCCAACUCGUUUUGUUUUUAUUAAUAGAUACAAUUCUCGAGUUAUUUACAACUUGAAAGAGCUUUUCAAGAUGACUGUUGCCAAGUAUCCGCAGUUCCCAUGGGAGUAUCUACCAGAUCAAGAUGGUUCUUUGGCAGAUUACGGAAAAUUAUAUGCAACCAUCAAAAUUCUCGUUGUUCCAAAUGGCAGUAAUUUAUUUAAGUGCAUUUAUAUGGGCAAAGAUACACUUAUUUUGAUAAUUAACAAUGAGAUGUGGGAUUUAUCAAAUUAUGGUAUGAUGCCAGCAGCUGGAGUUAGGUUAGUUGUAUUCUACAACAAGAACUACGGCAGAUUGUCCAGAGGAGCUGUUAUUGAUCCUUCUAAAUUUAUGGCUGCUAUGGAUGUAACGGCUUAUUAUGCUAAACAUGGCGAAUUCCCUCAGCCAGUAGAGAAUGUCAGCUUUAUAGAUUACAAAUACGAACAAAGCCCAAGAGGAAAGGUUAUGUUAGUAUUUUAA